UUCACCCAUAGUUGCUAUGCGCCCAGACCGACUCCUCCAGCAGUCCAGCAUUCCAGCAUAUAACCAAAACUGUAAAACUCAAAAGCGCAUCAACAAUGGCGAAGUUCUGGAAGCCUGGAACCGAGAAACCUCGACUGGUAGAAGACGAAGAUGGCGGCGUUCUCUUCUUCCAUUCUUCCUCUUCAUCUUCAUCUUCCAGCUUCGGAUACGCCAACAACAUCCAGCAGCAGCGCCAGCGCCUGCCGGUGCAUAAGCGCAGAGACGCCAUUCUCUUUCUAGUUGAAAAUCAUGCUACUACCAUUGUUGUCGGCGAAACUGGCAGCGGAAAAACUACUCAAAUUCCUCAGUAUUUGAAUGAAGGAGGAUGGGCUGAUUCUGGUCAUGUUAUUGCUUGCACUCAGCCUCGCCGUCUCGCUGUUCAGUCAGUUGCUUCAAGGGUUGCUGAAGAAAUGGGUGUUAAACUUGGCGAGGAGGUUGGAUAUGUAAUCAGAUUUGAAGAUGUAACAACUCCGGGUGUUACCAGAAUUAAGUUUCUUACUGAUGGAGUGUUGCUGAGGGAAAUGAUGGAUGAUCCUCUUCUGUCCAAGUACAGUGUUGUCAUGGUAGAUGAAGCACAUGAAAGGUCUAUUUCAACUGAUGUUGUACUUGGUCUCUUGAAAAAGAUUCAAAGGCGUAGGCCUGAACUGCGUUUGAUUAUAUCAUCUGCUACUAUUGAAGCAAAAUCCAUAGCUUCUUUCUUCAGAGUUAGUAAGAAGCAGCGAGGAGGAGCUGGUGACGAACUUGGGCCAAAGACAGAACCUGCCAUUAUCUCAGUUGAGGGAAGAGGCUUUACUGUUGAAAUAAAUUAUGUUCAGGAGCCGGUUGCAGACUAUCUUCGAGCUGCUGUAUCAACUGUUAUGUUGAUACACAAACAGCAAACAGUGGGUGAUAUCCUUGUAUUCCUUACGGGUCAAGAUGAUAUUGAUGCAGCUGUUCAGCUGCUUAACGAAGAAGCUCAGAGUUCUGAUAGAAGCUCAGGAGAAUUGCUCGCUCUGCCUUUAUACUCCGGACUUUCACGUGCUGAGCAGGACUUGAUCUUUUCUCCUACUCCUAGAGGGAAAAGGAAGGUUAUAAUAUCGACAAAUAUUGCAGAGACAUCAUUGACUUUGGAGGGCAUAGUCUAUGUUGUUGAUAGUGGCUUCUCAAAACAGCGUUUUUAUGAUCCGCUGUCAGAUAUUGAGAAUUUGGUGGUGGCACCCAUAUCAAAGGCUUCUGCAAGACAAAGGACAGGUAGGGCUGGAAGAGUGAGACCAGGGAAAUGUUACAGGUUAUAUACCGAGGAAUAUUAUGUUAAUGAAAUGCCAGCUGAGGGGAUUCCUGAGAUGCAGAGAUCAAACCUUGUCUCCUGCGUUAUACAGUUGAAGGCUCUAGGAAUUGAUAAUAUCUUGAAUUUUGGGUGGCCCGCAUCACCAUCACCAGAAGCUAUGAUUAGAGCUCUUGAAGUAUUGUACUCUCUAGGUGUGCUUGAUGAUGAUGCCAAGCUCACUUCACCUACUGGAUUCCAAGUUGCUGAAAUUCCACUGGAUCCCAUGCUUUCAAAGGCUUUGCUUGUGUCUAAUGAACUAGGGUGUUCAGAGGAAAUGCUUACUAUUGCAUCAGUUCUUUCUGUACAGUCAAUCUGGAUCUCUGUAAGGGGAGCACAGAAGCAGCUAGAUGAAGCCAAGCUCCGAUUUGCUGCUGCUGAGGGUGACCAUGUGACUUUCCUAAAUGUGUACAAAGGAUUUCUGCAGUCCGGCAAAUCAUCAAAAUGGUGUCACAAGAACUUUAUUAACUAUCAUGCUAUGAAAAAAGUUCUGGAGACCAGAGAACAACUCAAAAGAACGGCACAGCGGCUGGGUAUAGUCUUGAAAUCUUGUGACAGAGAUAUACAGGUUGUAAGAAAGGCAAUAACUGCUGGAUUUUUUGCUAAUGCUUGUCAUUUGCAAACAUACAGUCAUGAAGGAAAAUACAAGACUGUCCGUACUUCUCAGGAUGUUUAUAUCCACCCUUCAUCUGUUUUGUUCAGAGUCAACCCAAAGUGGGUUGUAUACUAUUCUCUCAUCUCGACUGAUCGUCGAUACAUGCGCAAUGUUGUGACAAUAGAUCCUACAUGGCUUGUAGAGGUUGCCCCGCAUUAUUAUCAGUAUCAAGGGCCUGGUUCCAGUGCUACUUUGCCUAGGUAACUGCAUACUAGAGAACUUAUACCUGAUUGAAGGUCAUGAUUAGCAUGCAUAGGGACUGUAUAUUCUUUUUGUACGUAUCAAAUGCAAAAGUGUUGUUAGAUUAGUUUGAAGCCUCUGUAAAAUUUCUCCAACAAUGAUUCAGAGAUAACUUACUUAUCAGUUGAGGAAUGGUAAUUCAAGAUAAAAGUCAAGUACAAUGAUGAUUUUUUUCUUAUUUUGUUUCAGCAGAAAAUAGUGAUGUUGUCAUGAACAAGAAGAGUUUAGAUCUGCAUUUAAUGUCCUCUUCUUUUC